AUGGCCUCAGAUCCAGCGAAUUGCGACGUAGCUUCCGCCAAUGUCAUUUUGGGUGUUUCGCAACUCAAAUACUUGAAUGGAGGAGACAGUGAUUACUUCAAAUUCAAGAUCGAUACCGUACAUGGUGAUCCGUCUUUCAACAACUUCAAUGAUCCCAGUGCGGUAAAGAGACUUCAAGACGAUUUGACGAACCAGACUGUAGUAUGUGAUCUACCGGGUCGGGCUGCACAUGAGUGGACGCAAAAGCUUAUGGCUUUGUCUUCUCCCCUAAAGUCUGUCACCACUCAUUACUAA